AUGAAGGCACAAGCGGUCAUCGUCGCCAUGCUGGCGCUGUUAGAGCGUGGCUUUGGUCAAAACAUCACGUUCCUGACCGAUAGCGAACAAUCUGGACCACCGCUUGAGACUGUGCAUGCCUAUGAAGGCCAAUGGCCCACAGGGAUCGCGGUUUCGAGUUCCGGUCGGAUGUUUUCCAAUUAUCCGGGCGGCCUCGACCCUGCGAACGUGAACAAUGGAAGCAACAACAUAUACACCGUUGGAGAACUGACAGGCCUGACCACCGAGGUGGCUUACCCGAGCCAAGAGAUGAACAAUCCGCCGGGAGGGGCAAUUAAUUAUACCACCACCCCACCCACUGGGGCGAACUACCCUGACUAUCUUAUUGGCGUGCAGUCCGUCGUGGUCGAUCCAUCGGAUCGCCUCUGGAUUCUGGACACUGAACGUGUUUUGACACCUGACGGGAAGACACUCCUCUCCUCCUCAUACGGAGGACCAAAACUGAUCGGAGUCGAUCUUUCGACCAACCAGGUGUUCCAAACCAUUCUUUUCCCACAGACGGUGGCACUCCCCGACAGCUACCUGAACGAUGUACGCUUCGACCUCCGUCCGAAUGUGACUGAAGCGGGCAAGGGCGUGGCGUACAUCACAGACAGCAGCAAUGAAGGUCGAAACGGCCUGAUCAUUGUCGACCUCGGCACCGGCGAGAGCUGGCGACAUGUCAGCGCCACAGAGCUGGUUCGGCCAGAUUCAGGCUUUGUAGGAUGGGUGAGCGGGCAGUCUGUCUACGCCUACGACGCAACCUCCUCAGGGGCAACUUACUUCCCAACUGGUUCCGAUGGAAUCGCACUCUCUGCUGAUGGCGAGAGUCUCUUCUUUGGUCCCCUGAGCGCGAGAAGAUUGUACAGCGUGCCAACCAGCCUGCUCAGAGACAGGAGCUCGUACAGCGAACUCAGAGCACAGCAGGGGACACUGUAUCAUGGACAGAAGGGGUUCAGCGACGGGUACGAGACCGACAGCAACGGCAUAAUCUACAUGGGAAAUUUCGAGCAGAAUGCGGUCAUCAUGUUUACUCCUGAGAACGGGACGGUAACUACGUUUGUGAGAGAUCCACGAAUCAACUGGGUCGACACAUUUUCGACGGGGACUGAUGGCUACUUGUACUUCACCGUCAACCAGCUACACUUGACAGCAAGCACAUACCCUGGGACUGAUCGGCGCACAAAACCCUAUGCUUUAUUUCGGGCGAAACUGCCAAAUGGAGGCAGCAAGGUCAUCCUUACGUAAAUAGACGAUCAGUCGUCCGAGGAUAUUAUUUUAGUUAGUAUGACGGUAUACAUCGAAACAGUUGUGGCAUUAUUUACGUACUUUACAGCCUCGACAGUGGUUUCAUAAUGAGCAAUCUUAAGAUACA